AUGAUUGUACAAUUAAUAUUGAAUCGUUCAUUUACACCAAAAAUUAAGAAAUGGAAAGUUCUUACUGUACCAUGGCGUUCAACUUCUAAAAAUCAUAAAAAGAAGUUUUUAAUUUUGGUUUAUCUAACAAAUUUAAAGAUAAAAAAGGUUCCGCUUAGAGAUGAAGAUUAUUUCGUUGAUGAAACGGAAAGUGAAGAAGAAUAUGAAAAUAUUCCAUGUAAUUGUGAUGAAUGUAGUGAAAGUGAAGAUGAUGAAAAUGAAGAAAAUGAAGAUCAUUCUGAUUCAGAAAUUAUUAUUAUUCAAAUCAUGCAAUUUCAUAAAUUAUUUAUUUCUAUUGUUUAA